ACACCGAAAUUAAGUACACGUUAAUCUCAAAUUCUCAGCAGUGAAAAAAACGUUUUCCGCAUUUUAAAAUGAACAUGAUUAGUUAAUAUUUAAAUAAUAAAGACGCAUAAUAGCACCAACCUGGAAUGAAUAUACUGUUACUAACCGGAGACGAAGGCCAGCAUUGUUGAUGCGGCGGUGGAAGCUAUGCUCGCAGCACAUUAUUCCCUUUCCCCUCUCUGUCAAAUAUUCCAUUUCUUCUUCACGAAAUAAAAAAGCCUGAAAACUGACCAGAUCCUUUUCAAACACUCUUAGUCCUACGUCGUACCAAACACAAACUGAAACAAUAACCAACGACAACAACGAAAUCUGCAAUGGCCCACUUAAUCAUACAACCGGAAUCCUCCUCCGAUUCGUUCUUCCCCGGUGGUCUCUUCCUCCACCCUCACACGCUUCCUUCAUCCUUCGCUUCCUUCAUUCCUUCAGACCAUGUAACAGUAUCAUGUUUUUUUUGGAGGCCCAAAACAAGGUUGAGGGUCGAAGAGAGGCUUUGCGGCGGUGCGUUCUUGUCGUUGAGUUUGUCCUUUAACGGAACCGGUGCGGAUCAGAGGUAUGGUCGAGAAUCGGGUGAAAUUCUGGGACAGCAUCACAAGGUGGAAGAUGAUGGUGUGUGUCAAGAAGAGAAAGAGAAAGAGAAGGUUGGGCUCAAUGGAUCGGGUGCUAUGAAUAUGACCAAACAUCUUUGGGCCGGUGCUGUUGCUGCCAUGGUUUCAAGGACUUUUGUUGCGCCUCUAGAGAGACUUAAGCUGGAGUACAUAGUUCGUGGUGAGCAGAAGAAUCUUUAUGAGCUCAUUCAGGCAAUUGCAGCUUCUCAAGGGAUGAGAGGUUUUUGGAAAGGGAAUUUUGUGAAUAUUCUUCGGACGGCACCCUUUAAGGCUAUAAAUUUUUAUGCAUAUGAUACGUAUAGAAAUAAGCUGACAAGGAUGUUGGGGAAUGAAGAAUCUACUAAUUUUGAGAGAUUUGUUGCGGGUGCUGCAGCUGGGAUUACAGCCACCUUGCUCUGCUUGCCCAUGGACACUAUCAGGACGGUAAUGGUAGCACCUGGUGGUGAAGCCUUGGGAGGUGUGAUUGGUGCCUUCCGCCACAUGAUCAAAACAGAGGGCUUCUUUUCUCUUUACAAGGGUUUAGUACCCUCCAUUAUCAGCAUGGCACCUUCAGGUGCUGUCUACUAUGGUAUUUAUGAUAUUUUAAAGUCAGCAUAUCUGCAUUCACCUGAAGGAAUGAAAAGAAUCCAACACAUGAAAGAAGAGGGUGAAGAGCUGAAUGCACUGGAACAACUGGAAUUGGGUCCUGUCAGAACUUUAUUAUAUGGUGCUAUUGCUGGUUGUUGUUCUGAAGCUGCAACUUACCCAUUUGAAGUUGUAAGGAGACAGCUUCAAAUGCAAGUUCGGGCAACAAGGUUGAAUGCACUGGCAACUUGUGUCAAGAUUGUUGAGCAAGGAGGUGUUCCCGCCCUCUAUGUAGGACUUAUUCCUAGUUUAUUGCAGGUGUUGCCAUCAGCUGCUAUUAGUUAUUUUGUUUACGAGUUCAUGAAGAUAGUUCUCAAAGUAGAAUCAACAUAGAUGAUUAUGCCAGCAACACUAACGCCAGAUAUAUAUAUAUAUAUAUAUAUAUAUUUUAUCUUUGAAGAUGGGAGUUUCUCUCAUUUCCUUAAUCAUGGUCACCCUUGUUUUGUGGGUGUUGCAAAGUUAUUAUAUUUGGGGAAAUCGAGGGUGUCUCACACAAACAAUUUAAUGGUGUUUUUCUGUUGGAUUUUACUGAUUUUAUGUUUACUCAAUAAUAAUCCGAAGAAAGAAAAAGGAAUGGGGCAUAAAAAAAAUUGAUGCUUGGCUAAUUA